UGGUUUAGUGUCGGGUUGCGUCCCAACGGCGCUGUAUCGCGUACCGGAUCGCCGCAGUCGCGUCUGCGCUUGCGCUCACAAAACGGACUGUUUUUCUUAUUAUAACCUAUAACAUCGCGACUUCAACACAACCAAUUGUAUGUACAUUACACUGACGUAUUGUGAUCUGUGAUAAAGUAUUAUACGAUUUACUAUGAAAAUGAACAUGCAAACGGGAUGGAGCUCAUGAUAUCAGUGUGUUUAUGUAUCUGCACAGUAUUUACAGUGGUACAUAGUGAUAGUGAUCGGCAUUGUGAUACGCGUCUGAUAAGGACAUCUGAGAUACGUGCAAUAUGAAUUCGCCUUUAAGAUUAAGAGCGUCAUUGUAAAGCCGCAGCUGCAAAAAUGCUAAGACUGAGCUCGACUGACAUCGAUUAGUGUUCGAGCGCGAGCUAAUCCCAAAACAAUUGACUGUUGAAAUGCGGAUAGGGGUGUGGACUUACAGUGCGUGCGUAUAAAAGCGAUGCAUGGUGUGUGAGGUCGGAGCGGCGGUCAUGGACAUGAGCGGAGAGGGCGGCGGCGCGGGUGCGGGGGCGAGCGCGCUGCAGCAGCGGUGGUACGAGAGCCGCGUCAACGGCAGCCCGGCCGCCGGCGACGUCAAUUCAGAGGCGAAUGGAGACGGGUUCUUCCAUUCACCGCUGGAAGGCGGUCACCACAGCCGCGCCCGUUACUACCAUCAGCAAAUGCACGCCCCCUAUUCGGCCGCGGUCAGUUCGCACGGUCGAACGUUAAGUGGCAGCAGUGGGCAAGUGUGCCGGCCGCACUUCCACACACCGCUACACCCGUGGUUAGAGUCGAAAGCACUCGGUGGCGGGGCGUGGGGUGGUGGAUUCCAGCAGGAUGCCGCGCAAGCCGAUAAACCACUGUCGCCUGCGCAGCAUCACCACCCCCAUCCCCUGUUCUCGUUCCCUCCGACGCCACCGAAAGACUCAACUCCAGACUCUGUGGCUGCAGCUGCGUUAGGUCAGCAAGACUACCAGGCGGCGGUGGCGCACGCGACCGCGAUGAGUGUCGCGUUCAUGCAGCAGCAACAGGAGUUGCCGCUGUGUGGAGACGUCAAACCUAUGAUGGGGGCGCCGCCGUCGAAGCAGCGCGAAGGUGCGCAGCCAGACUCGUGUCCCCAGGAGUCGAGCCAGCCCUCCGGCGAAUACAACGCGCAAUACAAUGCCGCCGGCGGCGACUACUACAACUACCAGGGAAAGGGGUUUAGUGGGGCGCAGCAGCAGAAUAAGCCGCGGCCGAACAAGACGCGAACGAGCGCCGAGGGUCGGGAGUGCGUGAAUUGCGGCGCGACGAGCACCCCGCUAUGGCGACGCGAUGGUACGGGCCACUACCUCUGCAACGCCUGCGGACUUUACUACAAGAUGAAUGGCCAGAAUCGACCUUUAAUCAAGCCUAAACGAAGAUUGGUGAGUUCACUACAGAGUGCGGCGCGGCGAGCGGGUACGUCGUGUGCGAACUGCAAGACGACGACCACGACCCUGUGGAGACGUAACCAAAACGGGGAGCCUGUGUGCAACGCGUGCGGACUCUACUACAAACUGCACAAUGUAAAUCGGCCAUUAACGAUGAAGAAAGAAGGUAUCCAAACGAGGAACCGGAAACUAAGCAGUAAAAGUAAGAAGAAGAAGGGAGGGAUGGGCAUGGGGGGUGGAGGAGCAUGCGCGUUGGCACUCGGCGGAGUUAUGGGAGAUAUGAUCAAACCAUUGGGUGACGCCACCAAAGGAUUCGGUGGUUCUGCCUUCCCUUCGGCCAUGGAUUUCGGUAAGUUUAGUCAACACCAAGUGGGUCUGGUGCACCCGGCGGCGGCGCACAUGUCCCACUGGUAUGGAGCGCCGCACCAGGGCUUCGCGCCGCCUCCUACAUCACACAACCCCUACCAUCACCACCACCUCGCACAACUUAAUUCUAUGACUGGCUGGAGGAGUGAAUACACGUGAUAAGUCUACCAAAUUCAAUCACUCCAAUUGGAUUUAACUAGAUAAGUCGCUCCAUACACACACACGUUCCGAUGAACGAAUGUAUUGACCUUUGAAGCGAGUAUCAGUGACCACUGAUACUUGGACACUGUGAUUUCACAUGACAAAUGACUAGUUGAGUUAUAUAAAAUAUAUCAACAUUGACAACACACAAUCUAUAAGACUGUAACAGAAUUGAUGUUUGUAUGUUUUUAUCUGCAAACACUUCGAAUUCCAAAUUCGAAGAUAUUGUACCAGUCUGAUGCAAUGAAGACUUUGUUAUCCGUGAUCGGUCCCUUACAAGUAUUGUGUUUUACAUGAAAUAACUAGCGAAAUUGUACAGUAUUAUAAUAUAAUUAAGGUCGAAGUCGGCUUAUACGAUAAAUAAGUAUACCUAGUUCAAAAGAUAAUUUGUGUAUUUUGUACAUAUCUUAUUAAGUUAUAUUCCGUUCCUGUAUAUUAUUUGAGUUUUUUUUUUAAUAUUUAAUUUUGAACUGUUCGGUUCGCUAUAGGAAUUGUGAUGUGUUCAGAGAAUUAUUUCCAGAGAUAUUUUUUUUUCUUUAUGUACAUUUUAUUUGUGUAGUUGAUAUUGAAUGAAAUGCAAUAGUAAUUUAUGUAAUAGUUAUAAAUUCAUGCGAUUUGUAUAUAAUAGCUAUCUUAUAUAGUGACAUUACGCAGAACUGAUUUGUUGAGGAUAUCGAGUUAUGAAGGUACCCAAAAUUUCGUUGUAAUAAAUUGGUAAAACUGGUCACUGAAUUGGAUUAUUUCGUCAGUAUUAAUAACUGAAACAUAGUUUUUGUUUUUUUUUAUAUAUAUAAAAAUAAAAUCAUGGAUAAUUUGUAUUACUGUACUGUUGUAAAAUUAAGAUUGUUGAGUGGCCAUAAAUUGCGAGAUUUUGUCGGUUCAUAAAGUGACUGUUUGAAAUCAUACUACUUAAAUAGAUUUGUGUAAAUCUAAUCUAACCUAAUGAAACAGCUCACUAUAUCUUCAAACAAUAUCUCGGGACCCCGAAAUGUAAAUAUGAAAUGUAAAUGAAAUUUGUAGACACUUAUGGAAAAUCAUUAUAAGACUAUCGAAAUAAAAUGUAAAUUAGUGAUCACUACAGAACGCCUAUAACGAUAUCCCGUACCUAAAGUUUUUAGUUUUUAAAACAAAACAUUUGUGAAGUUGUGUAUUUUAAAUGAAAUUGUGAAUAAAUUAUCAAUAUUGAUAUUAAAAAC